UCACUGUGGUUCAGUCUGGUUACAUGGGGACCAAGGAGCAGUCAGAAUGACGUACUGCAGGUUUCCUCAGGAUGGACCCCAGUAACCGGCCGGAGGAAAGACAAAAACAUCCUCUGCUCCCCUCAUGUACAUGUGCCCCCCUUGGCCUCGUCCAACUUUAUGGUGUGAGCCUUGUUUUCAGGAAGAUCAUGCUUCCUGCAUGAUGGGGCUGUGGAGGAGAGGAGGAAGAGGGGGAUGGGACAGAGGAAAACCCAAUUGGCAAGAGGCAGAUGUGCAUGAGAAAGUGACAUUCAUCUAAUAGUAACUUUAAGACUGGGCCGCAGGUGUGGCAGCUUGGACCUUUGAUUUAACUGGAGUGGAUUUUAUGGCUCUCCUGCAUUGCUCCAAUCACGGUGUCAGCUGAGAUGCAUUCAGACAGCUCAGUUAUUGAUCACUGCCGUGCUAUAGAAAGGCCAGCUGCUGCAGCCUCCUGAGAGCAUCCCGUAAGGUGAGCCUCCUGUCCUGGGACGUCCAGCAUUUCCGACCUUCACUCCUCUGUCCUCUCUCCCUCCAUUGCUCCUUACCCCCUCCAACCUCUUUUACUGUCUAUAUGCCGUGCUUUAUAUGUUGCUCUUUCAGUGCCCUGGAUACUUGGCCAUGCUUUGAAGCCAGUUAUCUCUGAGAAUGCAAGAGUUGAAGCACUUCAGGGGUGGAGCUUGCUUGGUGAUUUCACAGGAUGGUCUAGACUCAUUUUGUAAGAGGAAAUGCACUGAUGAGGAGAUAACCAAAAGAGAUGGCAGUGUUCAACUGUGGAUAUCUAAAAACCACAUGGUCUCAGAUGAAAGCGAGCUGCUGUCUUUCUACAGCCCUCAUGACAGUGGGAGCAGUUGGAGCAACAAAGGAAAAAAACAAUCCACAGUGUGUCCUCUACCAACUCUGGACUCGUGCAGAAAUCAUCAUGCUUUGACACCACUACCUUUCAUAAACUCAACAUAUGCAGACUUGCCCAGUACCACAGAUAAUGUCAAUUAUUUCACAAAGAAUUUAAACCGCAACCCAAAGGAGAGGAUUGUUAUACUUUAUAAAGAUAAUUUUUUAGCAAAACUUAUCUCUGAUGCCAUCUACUGUCGAGAUGUCUUGCCCAUGGAGAUUACUCAACCAUAUCUUAAUACCAAUAUAGAAGAUGCAAACAGGCCCGAUAUUUUCAAGAAAAAUAAAAACAACAACCAGAGUCUAAGUGAUAAUGUGAUUGACAAAGAUUACUGUGGCAACUGUAUUUGUGAUGGAGAACUGGAGAAAAAGUCUGGACCAGGAACUAGGAGGAAGAGUGUGUCCUUUGCUGAUGAUGUCAUAGUGUAUCUAUAUGACAAGGACAGUCCUGCUGGCAAGUUGCACCCUGAGCCAGACAACUCCAGAUCCUCCACUUUUAAUCUCUCAGAAAUCUCGUUUGACGACAAUGGCCUGGAGUGGGAAGAUGAUUUUUCAGCCUUGGAGAAGAACUGUCACCCACACAAGUACCCGGAAUCUUGUCCCUUCUCUGCAUCUCUGCCAACUCAAAAGUGGACUAUUCCCAAGCCCAAAAGUUUGCCUCAAAGCUGCCUCUUCCUCACACAUGUUAAUGAAUCGGACCUUGAACCAUGAGAUAAACUGUUUAGUCCAAUAGUGAGUUUUUUCAUUAAUAACCUUCCCCGUCUAAGGCCAUCAUGCUGUCACCAUGGCCCACACUUCCACUCUUGUUUUCCUCUCAGACAAACAGCCUUGGCAUAAUGGAAAAAAUGGCACUUGUCCUCCCCACUAGCUCAUCUCCAACCCUCUUUUAUGAUGACUCAGGCUUUUUAAGAGUGGCCCCCGCCCUGCUCUCUCCCUCUCUGACCCAAAUGGAUUUAAAACACCUGCCGCUCUUGACAUCACAGUUUUCUAAGAGACAGGAUCAGUGCGGGCAUAAUGGGAUGCAAGAAGAUGUUACAUAACUCUGAGGCCACAAA